ACACACUAUUCCCAUUGUUUUGUUUUUUGUCGGCCGAUUUUUGCCGUCUAUAUCCGCGUAUAUAUCUUUAAGUUUGGCUCUGAGUACGCAUCAUGGCCUUCCUCUACAUACUGGGCUGGAUUUCCCUGGGCAUACAGAUCGUAUUCCUCACAUUGUCCAUAGUGGCUGGACUUUAUUACCUGGCGGAAUUGGCGGAGGAGUACACGACGGCGGCGAGGAAGUGCAUCCUCUUCCUGAUCAGCUUCACGAUCUUCGUCUACAUCCUGCUCAUGCUCUUCGAGGACCUCCCGUGGAGCCUGAUAAUCUGUGGUUUUGUGGCCCAGGGCUUCCACCUGGGCAUCAUGGGAGGAUUUCCCUUCGUGCGGCUCCUGUCGCUUCCGCUCCUGGGAUCUUUGGCCCUGCUGGUCGUCAACCACUUCCUGGCCUUCCAGCAUUUCACCACCGUCUAUGUGCCUUUCACGCAGGUGUUGGCCUACUUCACCAUCUGCCUGUGGAUCGUGCCCUUCGCCCUGUUCGUCUCACUCAGUGCGAAUGAUAGUGUCCUGCCCACCACAGUCAGCGAUCAGAGCAGGCGAAGUCCGGAUGUGGUCAGCAAUUACUUCUCGCGGAACAAAAAGCAGGGCCUGCUGUCCCUGUUCCAGUAUCUGAAAGAGACUCUGCUGCCUGGUCGGACCAAGAAGGCCUUCUAGACGUAGUUUAUUUAAUGUUUAUUUAUUUUUGUAGCCGAAAUCGAGACAAAAGUAUACAAGAAGCGUAUGAAAACUACGUUUAUGCAAUGACA